CUGAUGCAUUGUGGGAUUGAAACGAAUUGCAUUGUGGGUUGGCACGCCAUCAAUACUACUGUUUCAUACUUGCGCGCCUUGUUCAUUUUUGCAGUGUUGCAAUGAUUGUAUUAGUGACACCCUAACUAAUAAGAGUGUCUAGAGAGCUUUUGAACAUUAAAUGCACAAUGCCAAAUUUUUGUGCCGCUCCGAACUGUACCAGGAAAAGCACCCAGUCCGAUUUAGCUUUCUUUAGGUUUCCAAGGGAUCCAGAGAGAUGUAGGUUGUGGGUGGAGAACUGUCGCCGGGCAGAUCUGGAAGAGAAAACUCCCGAUCAGCUGAACAAGCACUACCGACUGUGUGCGAAGCACUUUGAACCAGCCAUGAUAUGCAAAACUAGCCCUUACAGGACAGUAUUGAGGGACACUGCUAUCCCCACGAUUUUUGAUUUAACCAGCCACCUCGGCAAUCCUCACAGCAGACAUCGCAAACGCAUCAAAGUUCUGACAGAUGAAGAGGUUCAGAAAAUCAAAGAAAGACGAUUGGAGUCUUCAAUUGAACAACUACUCUCGAAAAAAGACUGCGACGCUCAGGAUGACAGCGAGAACACUGACGACGUCCCUCAGCUGACGCCCGAGCAAAAAGACCUGAGAGAGUUCCUACGGUCUUCCUUUGAAGUCAUGGUUUUGAUAGGAAGGCAAAACUUUCCUUUCAGUUGCAACGCAAGAGAAGAUGAGAUGCGCUCUGAGGAGGAAAGGUUCUUAACUACAGGUAACUUUCAAGCACUAAUUGAGAACCGUAUCAACGCGGGUGAUGAAUUUCUUCGGAGGAGAUUCGAGACGGCGGCUGUUAAUGAAGAAUAUUGUUCGGCCAUCCAGCAGAGGCAGCUUCUGGAGGUCUGCGAGAGAUGCGUGCGUGAGGAGAUCCUUCAGCAAGUCCGAGAAUGUCGCUUCUUUUCCAUCGUCACUGGGGAGUUAGUGGAGUUCCCAGAAGGAGAGCACCUGCCUGUAUUCCUGCGCUUUGUUGACCAAGCCAACACUCUUAGAGAAGAGUUCAUAGAGUUCCUCUCGUUUGAAGGAGAGGAGGUCGCUGUCGCUGAGAGGUUGGAGUCUCAGUUGACAAAAGGAUGGGGCUUGAGUAUGGAGCACUGCAGAGGACAAGCGCAUGCGGGAUCUGGGAUACUUGGCACCAAGAUGAAAGUCAUUGCUGCCCAGCUCAAGGAGAAAUAUCCCAUGGCGGUGAUCACACCAACUUCCACCUGUGCACUUAAUGUUCAUCUUGCUAAUGGCAUGCCAUUGACUGGAGUGCAAGAUGUGAUGUCCAUUCUGAAGAAGACGAAUGCGUUUUUUAAAGCAUCUCCGUUGCUGCAGAGCGAACUUGAUAAUGCUAUCUCCAUCCUGUGUCAGGGAAACAUAGAAAAAGAGAGCAUUCUCAAAGAGGGCUCUCGAUCAACCUGGACAGAUCUUCAUAAUGUGUUCGAGAUGGCCGUCGAUUUGAUGGAGCCGCUUCUGCUGUGUAUGGACAGCAUACACGACAAUGAGGAUCUGAAGUGGAACGACCAAAUCACCAGUGAUGCUUACGCCAUUUCUGAGGCCUUGGCGGACUUUGAGUUCAUCGUGACCCUGGUUAUUUUAAAGAACGCAUUGUCUUUUACGAGAGCUUUUGGUAAGAACCUACAAGGAGAAACCAUUGAUGUGUUUUUCGCUGCCAACAGCCUGACAGCAGUACUGCAUUCCUUGCACGAGGUUUUGGACAAUUUGGAAGUAUACCAUGAAUUCUGGUUUGAAGAGGCUGUCAGUUUGGCGACUGCAAUGGAGAUCCCGGUGAGAGUCCCGAGGUUGUUUCUUCGGAAGCAACAGGCGGUGGAGACCAUGGAAAUACAGGCGGAGUCGUUCUUUAAGGAGUAUCUUACACUGCCGGUUAUGGAGUACAUCACGCAGGAGGUCAAGGAGAUCUUCUCUGAGAAUCAUCUCAAGGCGCUCAAGUGCUUGUCUCUCGUCCCCGCGGUCAUGGGACAAAUGAGGUUCAAUACCUCUGAGGAGACCCAUGCGGACAUUUACAGGAGCGAUCUGCCCCAUCCGGACACACUGCCUGCUGAACUGCAUUGUUGGAGGAUAAAAUGGAAACACAGAGGAAAGGAAGUAAGCUUGCCGUGCACCAUUCACGAAACCCUUCAGCACUCCGAUGUGAAGUUCUUCCCUAAUGUUAAUGCGUUUUUGAAAAUAUUAGCCACGUUGCCGGUGCUGAAGCUUGAUGGGAGUCAUGGUGAAACCGCACAAAGACGUUUACAAGCUUACCUCAUGGACACUGCGGUAAACCAAAGAUGUAAGAAUCUGGCUGUGCUGAACAUCAAUUAUCAUAUAAAGACGGACCUGGAAGAAAUGGUUCAGUGUUAUUUAAAAACCUACCCAGAAGAAUGUGAGAGUGAUUAACAGGUAAAGCAUAGACUCUCCAAGUUUCGACUGCAAAAAUCUUUGAGCUGUAAGUUGUGUAAUUGUUUUGCAUAAUACAGUGCCAAAUGUUUAUUUUCAUGUGUCUUUUGCCCCUGAAGAAAUAUAGUACUAUUUUUACAUUUGUGAGGACCGUCAAAAAAAUUCACCAUGUUAGUAUCUGCAAUUUGCUGAGUGGUCUUGCAUUUUGUAUGCUUGACUUUUUUGACUUGACAAAAAUGACUUUGAAAAUCAGCCAUUAAAGACACCUUUGCAUUUGUAUAAACUGAUCCGAAGUGUAAAUAAAAUGAAAGUACUUUUGA